AUGAAGCCCCGAAGCCUGGGCACAGCUGCCCUGCAGCUGGGUCUAGGGCUGCUGCUGCUGCUGGCCACAGGAGACAUCACCACCCCGGCACUGCCUGGCGACAUCACCACCCCAGCACCCCAAGGGGACACCACCACUGUGGCAUCUCCCAGUGACACCACCACCCCUGUGCCCCAAGGGGACAUCACCCCAACAUCCCCCGGUGACACCACCACCCCGGUACCUCCCAGUGACACCACCACCCCAGCACCUCCCGGCGAUGCCACAAGCCCCGUGCCCCAAGGGGACACGACCACCACAGCACCUCCCGGUGACACCACCACCGCUGUGCCCCAAGGGGAUACCACCACCCCUGCACCUCCUGGUGACACCACCACUAUGGCACCUCCCGGUGACACCACCACCCCUGCGCCCCAAGGGGACACGACCACCACAGCACCUCCCGGCGACACCAUCACCCCCGCGCCCCAAGGGGACACCACCACCCCUGUGCCCCAAGGGGACACCAUCACCCCGGCACCUCCCGGAGACACCACCACCCCCACGCCCCAAGGGGACACAAUGACCCCAGCCCCCAAAGGGGACACCACCACCUCGGCUACUCCCGGUGACACCACCCCCCCCGCACCCGGAGGGGACACUACCACCUCGGCAGCUCCCGGGGACACCAUCACCCCAGCACCCCAAGGGGACACCACCACCCAGGCACCUGAAGGGGAUACCACCACCCUGGCACCUCCCGGCGACACCACCACCCGAGCACCCCAAGGCAACACCACCACUGUGGCACCUCCCGGUGACACCAGCACCCCUGCGCCCCAAGGGGACACCACCACCUCAACAUCCCCCGGUGACACCACCACCCCGGUACCUCCCAGUGACACCACCACCCCGGCACUUCAAGGGGACACUAUCCCCCCCGUGACCCAAGGGGACACCACCACCCUGGCACCUCCCGGCGACACCACCACCCUGGCACUCCAAGGGGACACCACCACCCUGGCACCUCCCGGCGACACCACCACCCCUGCGCCCCAAGGGGAUACCACCACCCCGGUACCUCCCGGCGAUGCCACAACUCCUGCGCCCCAAGGGGACACCACCACCCCGGCACCUCCCGGGGACACCACCACCCUGGUACCUCCUGGCGAUACCACCACCGCUGCGCCUCAAGGGGACACCACCACCCCGGCACCCCAAGAGGACACCACCACCCCAGCACCCAAAGGGGACACCACCACCGCGGCACAUCCCGGCGACACCACCACCCCUACACCCCAAGGGGACACCACCAACCCGGCAACUCCCAGCGACACCACCACCCCCGCGCCCCAAGGGGACACCACCACCCCGGCACCUCCCGGCUACACCACCACCCCCGCACCCCAAGGAGACACGACCAACCCGGCACCCCAAGUGGACACCACCACCCUGGCACCUCCCGGGGACACCACCACCCUGGCACCUCCCGGUGACGCCACAACCCCCGCGCCUCAAAGGGACACCACCACCCCGGCACCCCAAGAGGACACCACCACCCCAGCACCCAAAGGGGACACCACCACCGCGGCACAUCCCGGCGACACCACCACCCCUACACCCCAAGGGGACACCACCAACCCGGCAACUCCCAGCGACACCACCAACCCCGUGCCCCAAGGGGACACCACCACCCCGGCACCUCCCGGCUACACCACCACCCCCGCACCCCAAGGGGACACGACCAACCCGGCACCCCAAGUGGACACCACCACCCUGGCACCUCCCGGCGACACCACCACCCUGGCACUCCAAGUGGACACCACCACCCUGGCACCUCCCGGCGACACCACCCCCCCCGUACCCCAAGGGGACACGACCACCCCGGCACACCAAGGGGACACCACCAUCCCGGCACCUCCCGGGGACACCACCACCCCGGUACCUCCCGGCAACACCACCACCCCCGCGCCCCAAGGGGAUAUGACCACCCCGGCACCCCAAGGAGACACCACCACCCCAGCACCCCAAUGGGACACGACCACCCCGGCACCUCCCGCUGACACCACCACCCCCGCGCCCCAAGGGGACACCACCAACCCGGCAACUCCCAGCGACACCACCACCCUGGCACCUCCCGGCGAUACCACCACCGCUGCGCCUCAAGGGGACACCACCACCCCGGCACCCCAAGAGGACACCACCACCCCAGCACCCAAAGGGGACACCACCACCGCGGCACAUCCCGGCGACACCACCACCCCAGCACCCAAAGGGGACACCACCACCCCGGCACCUCCCGGGGACAUCACCCCAACAUCCCCCGGUGACACCACCACCCCGGUACCUCCCAGUGACACCACCACCCCAGCACCUCCCGGCGACGCCACAAUCCCCGUGCCCCAAGGGGAUACCACCACCCCUGCACCUCCUGGUGACACCACCACCAUGGCACCUCCCGGUGACACCACCAUCCCCGCGCGGCAAGGGGACACAACGACCCCAGCACCCAAAGGGGACACCACCACCCCCGCGCGGCAAGGGGACACAACGACCCCAGCACCCAAAGGGGACACCACCACCUCGGCUAUUCCCGGGGACAUCACCCCAACAUCCCCCGGUGACACCACCACCCCGGUACCUCCCAGUGACACCACCACCCCUGCACCUCCCGGCGAUGCCACAAGCCCCGUGCCCCAAGGGGACAUCACCACCCCAGCACCCCAAGGGGACACCACCACUGUGGCAUCUCCCAGUGACACCACCACCCCUGUGCCCCAAGGGGACAUCACCCCAACAUCCCCCGGGGACACGACCACUACAGCACCUCUCGGCGACACCAUCACCCCCACGCCCCAAGGGGACACCAUCACCCCGGUGCCUCCGAGAGACACCACCACCCCAGCACCCAAAGGGGACACCACCACCGCGGCACCUCACGGUGACACGACCACCCCGGCACCUGCCGGUGACACCACCACCCCCAUGCCCCAAAGGGACACCACCACCCCUGUGCCCCAAGGAGACACCACCACCCCCAUGUCUCCUGGGAAAACGACGACCCCGAAGCUCCUCAGCACGGCUACGUUGGCCCCAUCUAGGCGCAUCAUCCGUUUCUCUCUCUCAUUCCGCAUUAUGAACAGGAGCUUUAGGAGCUCUCUCCUCGACCCCUUCUCUACUUACUACCAGGAGUUGGAGCUGACAAUCCAUAUCAUGUACCGCAGUAUCUACGGCUGCCCAACGUGCCUGAAUGGGCAGAACUACCUGGGAUUUACUGAUCUGCGUUUCAGCCAGGGCUCGGUGGUGACUGAGUCCAUCCUGCGGUACCAAGUGAGUAACACCAGCAUCAGCGCCACCGACAUUGAGCAGCAGCUGAGGAAUAGUCUGGACAGCCAGAACACCACACAUGGGCUCCGGCUGGACAAUAUCCGUGCCAACUCUGGCAGCAAUCCCCCAGCCACCACAGCACCAGCUCCCCUGGUGCCUGGCUGGGGCAUCGCCCUGCUGGUCCUGGUCUGCAUCCUGCUGGUGCUGAGCAUCCUCAUCUUCAUCCUGCUGAUCGUCUGCUCACGUCUCAGGAAGAACCGUGGGAAGCUGGAUCUGCUCAGCUCACAGACCUUGUACGAGCCCAGGAGCGAGUACCCCAACUACCACACCUAUGGACGCUUCAGCACUCCCGACAAGAAAUCGCCGCCGGCAACGGCACCAACGCCUUCUACGCCAACCCUGCGACAUCAGACAAUCUCUAGGGGCACUACCCCGAGGACCAGCAGGAGCAGAGCUCCCAGCAUCGCCACCUGCUUCCUGCAGCUGGACUCCAGGGUGCGGGGCGUGUUCCCAGGAGGUGGAAGCGACCAUCAGACGGUUCUGGAGCAGCCAAAUUCGAAUGCAUGA